AACCAGAACUCAUGCUUAGAGAGUGACUCACAGAUGUGUCUGAGCCAGAACAGGGGCAUGUAUCUGACUGUUCUUUCCCCUCUUUUCCCCUCUCCUGUGGAGACACACUGAACCACAUACUAACAGUCUCAAUACUGACAGCACACAAUACUCAACUGGUCCUCUGUCAAGCUAUUGUAUAGCUUUGAGAAGUUGAUUCGAAAUCGGAGAGGAGAAUGUUGAGAGGCGGAAGUGGGGGUGAGUUUCUUCUCUUCAUGUUUGGCUGGAGCUGAUCCAGAAUCAGAUUUAUGAGAGGCAGCUGCUGAGGGCUUGACGGACAGACGAGUGCAGGGAUUCCUGUGUUGCUGCUGCCGCUGCACAGAGGAAAGCCAGGCUGUGUGUCAGUGCACAGCACAGUAGCAAGGUAUCCUCCGACAACUUCAUAUAGACGAGAGCAAUUUAAACCUCCACAAGCCUUCAAGGUAUUUAAUCAGAUGGUUCGUGAACAAUACAUCAGCACUACAGAUGAGUCUGGUGUGGCAACGCCAGUUCCUGACUCCAUCUAUAAGAUUGGCAUCUAUGGAUGGAGGAAACGUUGCCUUUAUCUGUUUGUCCUGCUUCUCAUUAUCAUCCUGGUGGUGAAUUUUGCCCUCACAAUCUGGAUCCUAAGAGUGAUGUGGUUCAAUACGGAAGGCAUGGGAUACCUCCAGGUUACAGAAGAUGGGGUCAGGUUGGAGGGAGAGUCUGAGUUUCUUUUCCCACUUUAUGCUGAAGAGAUUGACUCCAGAGAGGACUCAGCUUUGCUGGUGCACUCCACUGAUAAUGUGACUCUCAACGCCCGCAAUGCCAAUGGAGAUGUAACUGGAAGUGUGUCUGUAGGUCCAGGACAAACCAAGGCCUUUGGGCAACAUUUUACAGUCAGCUCAAGUGAUAAGACUCUGUUUUAUGCUGAUGAAAAAGAAGCGAUCGUAGGAACAGGAAAACUCAGAGUUACAGGCCCUCAAGGUGCACUUUUUGAGCACUCUGUUGAGACACCAUUGGUCAAAGCAGAGCCUCUGAGAGACCUUAGGUUGGAGUCUCCAACCCGGUUUUUGAGCAUGGAAGCCCCCAAAGGUGUUUACAUCAAAGCCAUGGCAGGGAAUAUAGAUGCUGAAUCAAGUCUGGAUGUUAUUUUGCACUCAACUGAGGGUCUUCUGGUUUUAGAUGCUGAGACCAUUCGUCUUCCCAAGCUACCCGAGGGUGAAGCAGGAUCACCAGGUGACUCUCAGGGGCUGUACAACAUGUUUGAAGUGUGUGUCUGUCCCAGCGGCAAGCUGUUCCUCUCCAGAGCUGGUCUCUCCUCUACCUGCAGUGAGAGCCAAGAGUGCUGAAGUCCAUAGCAUCUGUAGACUGAUAUUCAAGUGAUUAAUGAUUUGAUUGGAGAUCUCCUGCUGAAUCUGCUGCUGAGCUCUCUUGUUGUUGCAGAAUUUUCAAUUCAGUGCAAUAGCACAAUCUUGCUACUACAAUGACUUCACAGAAAAUGAGAGGAAGCACAUCAUUCUCAGCUGGUGAGAGUUUCAGCCUGAGUAUAUUAUGUACCUGGAUUAGAUCUAUUUCAGUGUCACCAAUAUUUGCGAUACCAUUGUGAGUGGUAAUAUAUCUUUUAUUGUUUUUCUUUUCUUUUUCUUUUUUUUUUUUAACCAAACUAGGCUGGGCAAAAAGGGGCUGUUCACCAGCAUACAUCCUAUGCAAUAUGAUUUUUUUUUAGUGCAAUAAACAAAACUUGUGUAGUAAAUAUGAUUACUGUUAAAGGAAGAGCAACAGCAAAACUAUUGUCUCACAAAAUGAAUCUAUCGAACUUGCUUUUUUAAAAGUGUAGCUGCACAAAAUUAUCUUUCAUAAUAUAGGCUUAACGCAAUAUAUCCUAAUUCACAUCAGUUUAAUUCCCAAUCAUGUUUUUACAGCAAGAUUAAUUUGGUGUUGAGAUUUAAAUAAAUGUAAAUGACUAAAUUGUUUUUGCAAAAAUUAAGAUGGUCCAAGGAAAUCCAGCCACAACAUGUAUUUAGUUUACUGAUUAGGCAGUAUUUGAUGUGUUUUUGAGAGGGUUUUAUGGUUGUCAUUUGAGUACCAAAAACAAUUUGUGAUUGGUAUUUUGUGUUAAUAAAGUAUUUGAUCUUCA